AUGGCCGCUACUACGACCUUACCGGCUUCCUGGUUCCAAAGUGCCCCCCUCUAUCAAUUAGAAAGAAGGGCGAUAUUUCUGAAUGCAUGGCAUUUUGUAGGACCUGUCACACGAUUCGUAAAGCGGGGUGAAAGAGUGUACUACGAAAUCGCCCAGGUCAAAUUCUACGUUGUCAACACAAGCCCUGAGGGUACUGAAUGGGGAACCGAUGGGAUAGAAGUACACCGAGACUACGAUGUGAGUGUCCCAUUGCAUUUCACUUCAAGCGGCCUAGUCUUCAUCGCCCUGUCAUCGGAUUCACUACCAUUCGAAGAAUUCUUUCCAGAUCUCGAACCUCUUUUAUCAAAAGUAAAUUUCACCAAAUUAAAGUAUCGCCGGAGCAUUUCCUAUGAAGGUGGUUUCAACUGGAAAACCAUGAUAGACGGCUACCAAGAGUGUCUCCAUUGCCAGUACGCCCAUCCUUCCUUUAGCAAACGCUAUCCGCCUACUUUCUACUCGAUUCAGAACCAUGGUAACUUUUGCAGACACAUUGCCGACCCCAAGAAGCCUGACGAUGGACUCUUCUUGUACUUCUUCCCAAUCUGCACACUAAACGUCUACGGCGGUGGCAUGUCCUCAUUCCGCACAUGCCCAACUUCGGACCCCACCAUCUCAAGAAUGGAGUUCGACUACUACUACAAUGGAGAAGACGAAGCCUUUGAGGAGUAUUUCAAGUUUGUGCGACAAGUUGCCCUAGAAGAUUACGAGUUGUGCGUUGCUGCUCAACGAAAUCUCCAGAGAGGUGUGUAUGUAGAAGGGGUGCUGAACCCUGAGAAGGAGAGCGGGGUGAUAUAUUACCAACAGCUAGUCAGAAAUCUAGUCCUAGAAAAAUACAAAGCCGAGAAAGCGGAAGCAGAAGAGGAGGCAGUAAAAGGCACCAUCUCCCUCGUUUCCCAAGUUAAUCAAGCCACUCCUGGGCUCUCGGCGUCGACAACAGUCGGUGUGGGCGCUUAAUAUCUUUGGGCGGGAAGUCCGCUCCGAGUGAUACUACUACCCUACCACCUCCUGGGAAUGGGCAACCCUCGUUGUAAAUAAAGUUAUUCAACCCUGCCUCGUAUUGAUUUCUUGGCUUUUUUUUUCUUCUAUGGGAAGAGCAUCUGAUGAAUGAAGGAUAAUUAUUUCGCAGGGGCCCUGAGAAGGAGCGGUAAAGGUGACAAUUAUUAUUAGAUUGUCAGUCACGAUGGAUAUGUUUUUUCUUUGCUUCUCGUCC